GUAUGUAAAGCUGUCAACACUACUGUUUCCGGGGCGGAGUUUAAUCCACAGGUUACAAAGAGAAUCAGUUUCAAAGUUCAUUCAAGUUAUCCAGCUUUUUUUAAAUUUCAAAACAGUGCAGAUAACGAACGAGUAUAUAGCUCGAGGCAUGUUGUUCGUAAUGAAUCAAUUCAAUUAUAUAUUGAUGCAUUUCUUAUGAGUUUUGGAGCUUAGAAUCUCGUAGGAUGACGUGUCGGUAGCGGUAGCUGGUUAGCAUAACAUAAUCAAUACUUUUUUUCUGGACACGGAACAAUAUUUUUUGGUUCAGUUGUUUAACGAGGAACAAACGCUGAAGAGGGUGCAGGCAUGGCGGGAAGAGUAAACACCAGCCCUCCGGUCGUACCAUAUUCCUCAUGUGACAUGUCCUCGCCAUCACCAGUCCAAAUUCGGGAGGCGAACGCACACCUGGUCGCUGUGCACAGGCGGGUAGCAGAGCUGGAACAGUGGCUCGAGGCAGCAGAGAACACCGUGAGGGAGCAAGCAGAGAGUCUCAUCAGGAAGGACGAGCAACUGAGGGCUGCUACCCAGGAGAUCGCCGAGGCCAAGGAUAAAGAGAUUCACUACCUCCACGAGAAGCUGUGCAAGUCAGAAGAGACCAUCCAGAGGUUUCAGAACAUGGUCAAGGAGAAGGAUGCUAUGAUAGGACAGUUGCAACAUCGCUGCCAGCUCCUGGACAACAUCUGCAAGAGCAGGCCUUUACUAGACAGUAUGCUGUCCCAUAUGGCUGAGGCAGAAAGACUUGGGCCAGUUGUGGGGAUGGGUGAACCCACUGCCAAUACGUCCCUCACAGACGGGGAGUCAAACUGCAGUCCCAACCGCAUCUCUAACCACAAAGACUUCUCCCUCAGUGAGGAUGACAUGGAUGACCAGGAGCUGGAUGAGAUAGUGUUUGGAACAACGGUAUAGUAAAAGGCCCCUGAGAAGAGUUACAUAGGUUAGAGGUGAAAAGGUUCUAGAAGAGGAUAGUACUUGAAGUAGAGGCAUGAGUAAUUUCAAAACAUCAUGCAUGUCGUUAUUUUUUUAAUGUUCAAGUAGUUCUGUAUGUUAAGCAGAUGACUUACAACUUAACAUCUUACAUGAAUGUGGGGGAACUGCUUGACACGUUAUGAAGCCUUUGAUGUAACCAAAUGGAGAGAAACUAAUCUGCCUUGAUUCCAUGUCUUAACCAGAUGUGAAAUGUAUAGACAUCUGGUUAUCGUCUGUUACUGUUUGAACUGCUAUAUUUUUAUACUGUAAUAUCAAAUAUUUGGAAAUAGUGUAAACAGGACCUCUAUGGUCAGUGUUCACCUGGUCAAAGUUCAGAAAGUACAUCUGCAGCACCUGCAAGGCUAGGUUCCAAUCCAUCCCAUGCUUUGUAUAUGUAGUGUAUACUUUUAAUCUUUUUUUUCGUGACAAUUCAGUUUUUUCAGGGAUUGUAGUUACUCCCUUGUAAACAUGACA